AUGUCUCAGAAAAGAUUAGCAAAAGAGUGCCUCAAGUACCAGAAAACCCCGCCGUCCGCAUCCAACAGCCAGAUUGUGUCUCUAGCGUGCGUGAAGGAGGACGAUUUGUACCACUGGACGGCCAAGAUAGCCAAGCCAACCACGUUGGACUCUCCGUGGUACUACAACGGAGAAUGGGUGCUCGACAUUUUGGUGCCGCAGACGUAUCCGCAGCAACCACCCACGGUCAAGUUCACCACGCCGAUAAUCCACCCCAACAUCGAUGUCCAUCUGGGCGAAAUCUGUCUUGAUAUCCUCAAGAGCGACUGGAGCCCCGCUUGGAACUUGGAAGGCGUCCUUGUGGCAAUCUUGCAGUUGUUGGACCACCCCGAGCCUGACUCGCCUUUGAACAUUGAUGCUGCCAACUUGUUUAGAGCUGACUUGACGGCGUUUGAGAGCUUGGUCCAGUUCCACUUGUGGCAAAAUGGCAAUUUCUACAGAAACCAGAUGGUUAGGCUCUCUAGUGGGUCUAGGCAAGAUGCAGACGCCAAGAGUCGGAGCGUUGCUGACGAUAGCAGAAGACUAGUUGAGGCUUGA